AUGUCGGCCCGCAAGAACAUGAGUGUGGUAGUAAAGGGCACAUUGAUCGCACCCCUAACACUACGGGCCAACAACCUCAGCCACAGCAGUGUUUCUCCACAAGCUUGGGAAGCAAAUGCCACACUCAAGGCACACCAUUUUCUUGAUUUGGUCAUGUUCUCGCGACCGAAUGGAUCUUGGUCUUAUCAGAAAGAUGGCGCCGCGGAGGCUCCCAAGAUUACAAGGCCAGUGCGCCAUGCCACAGCAGCGGACGGAAGAAAACAACGUCGUGUCAAUAAUGCCAAGGAAUACAUACCAUGGCAGAGUAGCGUAUCUGCAUUUGCGAAUCUAUCCCAACAUGGGCAUCCACCAUCAUUGACAACACGGACAUGCUCGAAAUUCGGUUGUUCCGAGUUCAAGCAGAGGAAAACGCCUUAUGCAAAGAGUGAAAAUGGACCUUUGGCAGAUCUAUCGGUCCAAUCGGUGGCUUUGGCUUUUGAUUUUGGCGCAGCAACCACCUAUUACUGUUUUGGACUCAACGUAUCAUCAACCGCUGACGUCAGUCUUCUCAACACAGUAGAUAUAACUGCCAGCAGCUCACAACAUCUUCAUCCCAAGGUCUCAACUCAUGCAUUGCGCCACCGAAUUGACGGUUACUCCCAUGGCGUUGCAUAUGCAAUGCAAUUAUAUUUCAACAACCAGGCAAUACAUCAACACUCGAAAGGUAUUGGCAGCCGCCUCUUCCGGUGUCUCUCCAAACCAAACCGUCCCUUUUUUGGUAUCUCAGGUUACAACUCAAUGGAUGUUCAUCGCGUCCUAGAACGAUGA